ACGAGGAGAAAACGAGGAGAAGAAACAGAGAGAAGAAACGAAGAAACGAGAGAGAAAACGAGAAGACGAAGACGAGGAGAGAGAGAGAACUAGGGAGAGAGAGAAGGAGGAGAAGAGACAGGAGGGAGAAGAGAGAAGCGAGAGGGAGAAGAGAGAAAGGGGGAGAAGAGAGAAGAGGGGAAAGAAGGGGAGAGACAGAGACAGAGCGAGCGAAAGCAAGGAAGACUGGGAGAGAGAAAACCGGGGAGAG